CGGUGCUCACUGAACUGGCUCCCACACUAUGAAGCUGCCUUUGCUAUUGCCACUGCUACUGCUACUGCUGGGAGCCUGGGCCCUCCCAGGGGACCUCGGGGACAGGGCCCCAGUUACAGCCACUGCCCCACAGCUGGAUGAUGAGGAGAAAUACUCUACUCAUAUGCCUGCUCACCUGCGUUGUGAUGCCUGCAGGGCGGUAGCCUACCAGAUGUGGCAACACCUGGCAAAGGCAGAAGCCAAGCUGCACACCCCAGAUUCUGGGGAGUGGCAGGAGCUGAGUGAGUCGGCAUACACCGAUGUCCUGGACCGGAGCUGCUCCCAGACCUGGCAGGACUACGGGGUCCGAGAAGUAAACCAGGUAAAACAUCUCACAGGCCCUGGGCUUAACAAGGAGACAGAGCCAGUCGUCAGCGUGAUGAUCACCGGGGGACUUUGGCCCAGCAGGCUCUCCAUGACAUGUUUUCACUACCUGGGGGAGUUUGGAGAAGACCAGAUCUAUGAAGCCCACCAACAAGGCCGAGAGGCUCUGGAGACAUUGCUGUGUGGACCCCCGCGGGGUGCCUGUUCAGGGGACGCACUGGCCACAAAGGCAGAGCUGUAGUCCACCUCUUCCUUCCCCUUCCCAGUCUGCCCCUGGAGAUCAUCAAGCCUUCCUUUACAUUGGCCCCAUUCAUUUCUGCGGCUUCCCAGAAGGCAGGGAGGACUUACUCUUCUGUGCUGCCAUUCGCCCUCUCACCUCCAGCUUCCGGGCACUGUGGCCUGGGCAGGGGCCAACGCCUUCCCCUCUCCUUGGACUGAAAUAAA